UCCUUCAGCCUUUUUUGUGUUUUUUCGGAAGCGUAGUUAGCCAGUUUUAACGCUAAAAAGUUAACAAAUCCCACCGAAAAACCAAUAGAAUGGCGAUUAUUGCGAGUUGGCGGCGUUGGUGAGACAUUUGGUAAUAAAAGGAUGGUUCAUUCUUCAAACCGUAGGGCCACCUCGUUUGUCGUCGCUGCUGUGCGGAAUACCAAAAACAAGAGUUUUUCUCAACCCACGCUGAAAAUCGGUGGCCUCAGGAUGUCGUCGGAAAACAAGUCGCCCCUGCUCGAGCGGGCCCGCAAUCUGGUGCCUCAUCUGGAGACGGAGCGCCACAAAGGCCAGGCCGGGCGAAUCGGCAUCGUCGGGGGUUCUCUGGAGUACACCGGAGCUCCGUAUUUUGCGGCGAUCAGCGCGUUGAAGGUGGGGGCGGAUCUCGUGCACGUUUUCUGUCCGCAGGCCGCCGCCCAGGUCAUUAAGGGCUACAGCCCGGAGCUGAUCGUGCAUCCGCUGCUGGACUCGAACAAUGCCAUCAUCCAGAUCGAACCGUGGCUGGAGCGGCUACACGUUCUCGUCAUCGGCCCCGGACUCGGUCGGGACCGGCUAAUUCUGCAAACGGUGGCCGAGCUGAUCCGGAUUUGCCGGCAGCUACAGAAACCGCUCAUCAUCGAUGCGGACGGACUGUUUCUUAUCACACAGGAUAUCGGGCUGGUGAAGGACUAUUACGGAGUGAUUCUGACACCGAAUGCCAUCGAGUUUUGCCGGCUGUUCGGCAAGGACCGUGACCAGACGAUGGCGUCACUCGGUCGACUCGGAGCGGGCGUGACCGUCAUCGAGAAGGGACUGAACGAUCGGAUUUAUGAUUCGCUGACCAGCGAAAAGUACGAAUGCCCUCAGGGAGGCUCGGGACGGCGCUGCGGAGGACAGGGCGAUCUGCUGGCCGGGGCACUGGCCACUUUCUACUACUGGGCGCUGGAAUCGAAACAGGAGAUAAGCCCCGCGAUGGUGGCCUGUUUCGCGGCCAGUACACUCACCAAGACGUGCAACAAGUACGCGUUCAAGGCGAAAGGACGAAGCAUGACGUGCAGCGAUAUGAUCGACCAGAUUCAUCAGGUGUUUGAUGACCUUUUCGAACACAAAAAGGACUAGGGCUGGCGGAACAAGCCCUACCGUGGGCUCCUAUCGGCUGUGGUGGUUUACUCUAGACACUUCCUCGUUAUUGCCGUCACCUUAAUCGCUGUGAUGAUCAUCAUCUUAAGACUUUGAUUGCAGCUGCGGAGAGAAAGGAGAGAACCAUAUUCCUUUAGCGAUUAACUAACACGCACAAUGAUUACAACGAACCAAACAACGGAGCAACGACCGAUACGAACAUGGGCCAGCUCUUGGCACGGACGGUCUCUACCCAAAGCUGCCAGCAACAGGAACAGGAACCAGGAUCUCUCGAACACACAAAUUGUGUGAUAAGCGAAAAGACGGAAACUAUCUACAUACGGUACGGACGGUAUAUACAAAUCUCGUGUCACGUUUUUUUGUGUGUCCAAACUCCUCCGAAACGGCUGAACAGAUUCGAACCAAACUUUGUGUGUAUCUUCUGUAGGUAUCAGAAUAGGAUGUAAAUUAUAUUUCAUUCCCAUUACUUAAGUUAUUCAAAAACUAGGAAAAUUAUUUUUCGUAGCUUUCUGUUAAACUUUGAUUUUUUAUUUUUCUUAGAUUGUUGUUACAAAAAAAUUACUACUUUAAAAUUUUCAUAGCCCUAGCUCAGACAAAAAACCUGAGCUUGAUAGUCCAAUAAAAGCGACGGGAUUACAUGCGAAACAAAUAAUUAUCACCUUCAUCCAUUAGCAGUUCAAUGCAUUUUGUCAUGGCACGAUUUUAGAACUUCAUUCAAUCAUUCAAUCAGGACGAAGGUAGUACCGGCAAUCAGGGAGUGAUAGUUUAGUCCUAGACUCAGGGGGAAGGUAAGGGGUUGGCAGGGGUUAUUACAUACAAAAAAAGUACGAGAAAUUAUCUCAAACUGUUUAGUCAAUGAUAUAGUAAUUUGAAUAAAAUUAAUUAUACUCCAAUCAAACCUGAAGUUACUCGAUCA